ACCAGCAGAUUUCACUGCCUCUCUGUUGAAACAGGAACAAUGUCUGGACUGCUUUUGACGUUUUGCCUCUGUGUAACUGUGAAAACGUCUGACAUCACUGAUCUGCAAGUACAAACAGUGAGGCGGGGAGGUGAAGUGACAGUAAAAUGUGACCAAGAAGCAGCCAAAGAUGAUUUAGUUUGGUAUCAACAGAGUUUAGGAAAACUGCCUCAGUAUAUUGUGAGAAAAGUUAUGACUAAAGCAAACUCACCACAAGAAUCUAAACCAGAAGCAAAGCACAGAUUUAGUCGAGCAUUUAACAACAGCCGCUUCACUGUGGAUGAAGAGUUUAAUCUCAGCAUUAAUGGAGUCAAAGAAGAAGAUACAGGAAUAUAUUUCUGUGUAAAGGCAAAAUCAACUGCUUUAGAGUUCAUAUCUGGAACCUUUUUGCUGUUUGCAGAUGAGAAGACUGACCAUCAUCCUCCACCUGAAUCUGGAGGAAUAGGAAUCAUCUACAUUCAUCCACACAGCAGAGAUGAGUGUGAGAAAAGCUCUGAGACUGAUUCUCCUACACAGAGCUGUGUCUACAAACUCCCCAAGAGAAACCUCAGCCUCUCUGAUGUUGGAACUCACUACUGUGCUGUGGCUGCAUGUGAACAUGAAGAAAACAACACCUGGAUUAUUGUUGCCUUGACAACAUCCAAUAUGACAUCUCUUAUGGUUGAGGAUACAGAUGUUUUGAACUAUGCGACUGUGAAUUUUGCACAGAAACCUCCUUCCAGAGCACCCAGAGUCAAGGAGCGUCAAGAUAUUUAUACACAGGUUAAAGUACGAUAG